UCAUCGGUCACAGCAGCUGCGAGGUACCCACGUUGUUGCACCUUAAGACGAGCUGCCUCUCGAGCAGAGGUCAACUGCUCCCCGAUAUGAAGUCAAAGAAAUCGCCUCAGGGGAAAGGCAAGGGCUCGCCAAAAGGGCAGGGCACCCUCUUCUCGUUCUUCUCCAAAACACCCGCAAAGGAGCCUCCAACCAAGUCUAAGGAGAAGGAGAAGGAGACGGAGACUCCUACCAAGCCCAAGCCGAGCCAUGCUACCACGCCAAGCACUGCUGGAGCCAGCCCGGAGCAACCAAGCAAGGACUCCGAGAAGCUUUUGGGGAAGCGCAUCAAGGUGUUCUGGAGGGAUGACAACAAUUGGUACUUCGGCAAGGUCAUUGACUACGAGGAUGGGAAGCACCUCAUUCACUACGACGACGGAGACAAGGAGAAGCUCGUUCUCAAGAAUGAAAAGUUUGAACUUGCGCGCGAAGUGAACGAGAGCGAACCAAAGCCACCCAAGAAGAAACGGGCCAAGGUGAUUCAAGACGACGAUGACGACGAGGCCGAAUGGAACCAGGAUGCUCUCGAAGACAGCGGAGGAGACGAUGAUUCAGUGUACGAGAACGAGGGCAACGAGAGCGAAGACGACGAUGCUGAGAGCGACGACUCCGAUGCUCCGGUGACACCGCGAGGAAAGGAGUCGACCCCGAGCAACAAGAAGCGCUCAGGGCAGGCUGCGCCUUCUAGGCCUGGCGGAUCGGCAGCCAAAAGGCUGAAGAAGGCGUCGGACCUGGCAUCCUACGCCAUCACGGACACAGCGUCGCCAGGAAGCGGGGUGCGUGGUGCAACGGGAAAUGCUUCAGGCCGGAGCCUUCAAAGCCCCGUCAGCACCCCUACCGUCCGUUCCAGCCCGCACAGCUCGCGCCCUUUCGUGGGCCUCAGCUCCCCCGCCUCCCCUCCAACCCCAAAGGCACCCGCGGGUAUCCCCCUUCCGGAGGGAGUGCUGGACACUGGCCGUCACUCGCACCAUUCGUUUGACUGGCUCUACAAAAACCGCGUCGAUGCGAACCAACGGAGGCCAGAUGACCCACUCUACAACCCGCGCACUCUGUACGUACCGCCGUCAUUCCUCUCCAAAGAAACCCCGGCGAUGGUUCAGUGGUGGAAAUUCAAGAGCCAGAACAUGGACACAGUCUUGUUCUUCAAGGUCGGCAAGUUCUACGAGCUGUUUCACGUUGACGCAGACGUCGGGAUGCAGGAGCUAGAUCUCAUCUACAUGAAGGGCGAAAAGGCGCACAGUGGCUUCCCAGAGAUAUCCUACGGGAAGUUUGCUGACGCCCUGGUGUCCAAGGGAUACCGUGUCGCACGGGUCGAGCAGGUCGAGACGCCAGAUAUGCUCAAGGCCCGGAAUGCGUCGGUAGGCAGGAACGGGACUAAGGACAAGGUUGUGAAGCGCGAGCUGUGCAGCAUCCUCAGCCGUGGUACGCGGACUUACUGCUUCUUGGACGAUGUCUCCUCAACUCCGGACGGAUCUCCGCGUUCAGUGAACAUGAUUCUGUCAAUCAAGGAAACCGCGGUGGACGCGUUGAGUGAGGGUGGUGGCCCAGGAAGCCCAGGUUCGGCCGAUGCAGACGGCCCACCGGCAGCCGUAUGCGAAUAUGGUGUUUGCAUGGUGGAUGCAAUGACGGCAACGUUUAGCCUGGGCCAGUUCGCUGAUGACCCCGCGCGCUCACGCCUUCGAACCCUUCUUGCGCAGCAGCUGCCGGUUGAGAUUGUGAUGGAAAAGGACAACUUGUCGGAGACUACCCUUCACAUGAUCAAGUGCAUGGCCCCGCUGGCAUCGCACAUGACCUUGCACAAAGGGACUGAGUUUUGGGAUGCUUCCCGGACGGUGAAAGAGCUAAAGAACCACCGGUACUUCCGCAACGAGAGCAACGCGAAAGAGAAGAGCAGCGCCGGCGAUGGGAAGGGCAGUAACGUCGAGGACUGGCCACCAAUCCUUCGUGCUGUUGUUGAAGGUGGAAAGGAUGGCGCCUUGGCCCUAUCGGCUUUAGGAGGUGCCACGUGGCACACUCGACGAGCUCUCAUUGACCACGAUCUGUUGUCCAUGCGACGCUUUGUGGCGUACAUCCCCUCCGACAUGAAACAACCUGACUCCAACGCUGCGCCCAGCACCCCGAACGAUAGCCAAGAGGCGGGUGAUCUUGCGAGCGCUUCUCCACUACCAGGGAGCAGCGUACAGACCCCCUCUCAAUCGCACAUGGUGCUUGAUGGGGUCUCUUUGUCAAACCUCGAGGUGCUGCGCAACAGCAGUGACGGUGGGGAAAAGGGAAGUCUGUGGGCUUUCGUCAACCGGUGCAGCACAGCAUUCGGGAGGCGUUUGCUCAAGGACUGGGUGCUCAAGCCGCUUCUUAUUCCAACGCACAUCAAUGGUCGUCUGGACGCGGUUUCGGAGCUUGCAGGCGACCUCUCUCCCGAAGCUGACGCCUCGCGAGCCCUGUUGAAGAAGCUGCCGGACGUGGAACGGCUGCUAACGCGCGUGCACUCAAUGGCCUCCAAGCACAGGAGCAGCGAGCACCCAGAGAGCCGGGCCAUCAUGUACGAAGACACCAAGUACUCCAUCCGCAAGGUGAACGACUUUCUCAGUGUCCUGGAUGGGUUGGAGAAAGCGGACGGUUUGCCCGAGAUCUUCAAGUCAGCCACGGUGGAGAGCGCCCUCUUGCGCAAGUGUGUCAUCUCCAAAUCUAAGGGUGGACAGUUCCCGCACAUGUCUUCAGCCAUUUCGUACUUCCGAAACGCCUUUGAUGCCGGCACGUCGAAGAAGAAGGGACUCAUUGAGCUCAAGCCCGGGGUCGACGAAGACUUCGACAAGAUUAAGAUCAACAUAAAAGAUAUCAAGUCUGAGUUGGACGGACACCUCCGGGAACAGCGCAAGCGCCUCGGUUGCUCCGACGCGGAAUACUGGCACAGCGCCAAGGAGAAGUACCAGAUCCAAGUGCCGGAGAGUUACUUGUCCAAGAAUCGUCAGCCGUCAGACUACGAGCUCAAGAGCAAGAAGAAAGGCGCCUUGAGGUUCUGGACACCCUUCAUUAAGGAUCAUCUUGAACAGCUUGCUGCUGCAGAGCAGCGACUUGGCGAUGCCCAGAGAGACCAGAUGCGAGGUUUGUUCGCCAAGUUUGAUGAGCACAGGGAGCUCUGGGCAAGUGCGGUGCGAUGCCUGUCGCACUUGGAUGCCGUUCUCUCUCUGGCGGAGGUGUCCGCCCAGCCGGGGUUCUCGAGGCCACAGUUCCACGACGGAGCCUCGACGCCGUCCUUCAUCCGCCUCAAGAAUGCGCGGCACCCGUGCCUGGCGCAAACCUAUCAAGGCGGCGAGUAUAUCCCAAACGACGCCACUCUUGGGGCGGCACCAGCGGGGAUCUCCGAUGAUGCGCCAGCUGCGCCAAAUAUGCUCUUGCUCACCGGACCAAACAUGGGGGGGAAGUCCACCCUUCUUCGGCAGACCUGCCUCGUCGCUAUCCUUGCACAGGUGGGCUGCUUUGUUCCCGCGGACGAGGCGCACCUCACGCCUCUCGACAGGAUUUUCACGAGGGUUGGAGCAUCAGACCGUAUCCUGGCCGGACAGUCGACCUUCUUUGUGGAGCUCAGCGAGACUGCGAACAUUCUUCACCACGCCACGAGCAGAAGCCUCGUUAUUCUUGACGAAUUGGGGAGAGGUACCUCGACAUUCGACGGUACAGCUAUCGCUCACGCUGUCGCCCACUACCUGGUGAAGAGUGCGAAGUGCUUGGCAAUGUUCGCGACGCACUAUCACUCUUUGGUGGAAGACUGGGGUCAUCACAGCGAGGUGGCAUUGGGACACAUGUCAUGCUUGGUAGAGGACAAUGGGGGAGAGCAGAGAGUAACCUUCCUCUACAAGCUCGCCCCCGGCCCUUGCCCCAAGAGUUUCGGGAUCAACGUGGCCCGCUUGGCUCAACUCCCAGAUGCCGUCAUCUCUGCGGCGCAGCUCAAGUCGGAAGAGUUCGAGCGUGCUUUGUCUCUUCAGCACAGUGCUGUGGCCGGCGACGAGAAGGGCCGUCUAGCCCUCAAGUUGCUCGCGUUGCUUUCGGACGGCGACGGCAGCGAGUCGGCGCAGGCCGGCGAGGAGGUGCAGAAGAUGUGGAACGAGGCCCAUGCGCCAACCACAACUUGACCGGUCACCGGCGGCGUACUUCGUUGGUGUAUUUAAUUUAGGGUGGUCUUCAUUAUCCGCGCACCAUGUCGUGAUGCCAGACACCAGGAGUUCUUUUCGGUACAUGCAACAACAGUUUUGCUUACGUUUUCCAUGAGGAACCCAGAUACGUACCAGCACGUGUUUUUCUGCCCAAGAGCGGUGCGCAGAGCUUGUCAGAAUGUGCUCUGCGAUUGCAUGGUCGAAACCGCCGUCCUGCAUCACGGCGUGUUCAUGCGCACUGUUUGGUAGCUGACCCACACCUAACCGUACAGACUUUGUGCAGAUUUUGGCCACCACACCAUGGCGGUUGCCUAGUUGCGAGCUUCCCUACUUUCGUGUUCUGUUGAGACAACCAACAACGGCUUCUGUACUUACACAUACAAGGGACAACCGUUCGCGUGGGUCUUCGUUCGUGGAUACACCCCCAUGCAAACACGCGACGUCGUGCCUGCCCCUUCCGUGCUACAUCGAUGCAUGCAUGUUGUUUUUUGUUG